AUGAAGGUAAAGAUGAGAACUAUACUGUUGUCAAGAGGACUUUGGAGCUUCGUUGAAAGAGGGCAUCAAGAGCUAGGGAACCAAGUCAGCUUCCAGCAGCACAAAAUAGAGAAGUUUGAAGCAGAAGUCACAAAUGAGGCUAUUUACCUCACAAACGACUCUUUGUCAUUUGUGAGGUAA